AUGUCUCCCAGCAGAGAAGCCACUCCACCCCCUCAAGGAGGAUUCGCCCUCCUCAACUCCACUCAUCGCGAUAUAGUCGAAGCCACUGCCUUCAACACCUACGGUACACGCUUUGCAACCGGUUCCGCGGACGGCAAAAUCAAAAUCUACAAUCGACACCGCGACGGCAUUUGGAAUCUAUGCGAUACAUGGGGCGCACAUAAUGGCGGCGAAGUCUUAGAAUUACAAUGGCUGCCGCCUAUUAUCCAUCCGAAUCUCAUUGCGUCGAUUGGUACUGAUGGGAGAUUUAAAUUGUGGGUGGAAGAUCCGACUCUGCCGCCUAAUAAAGGGCGCCGAUUCAAUUCGCAUAAUAAUCGGCCCGUGUGGGAAACGAGGAGUCAUACGCGCGCACCGUUUUUGAGCUUUUCUAUCAAACAUAAUGCCGAUAGUAGACAUACGUAUAUUGCGUUGCUGGAUCGCGAUGCGCAGUUGAUAGUGUAUGAGAAUGAGGAGCCGGAAAAUAUGACGUCGUGGACAGAACUUGAUCGAGUGAAUGUGUGUGAGAAGCCAGCGCGAGGAGAGGAAGCUAGUUUUAAGGUCGCUUUUGAUCCGAAUUUGGAGCCGUGCUAUAGAGCUAUUAGGGAAGGGGUCCCGAGAGAUGCAUUGGGAUUGGUGGUGGCUAGUAUGAAUACGGCGAGUAUAUGGCGCACGAAGGAGGUUUCGCAUACGGUUAGUCUGGGGAAUUCGAGCUCGAAGGAACUUUAUCUAGCGGCGGAGUUAAGGGGGCAUAGGGGAUUGGUGCGGGAUGUAGCGUGGGCGCCGGGGAAUAUUAGGGGUUGGGAUGAGGUGGCUACGGCGUGUAAGGAUGGGGUUGUGAGGAUUUUUAGAGUGGUGGCUGGGAUGGAAGAAGAGGGGAUGGGAAUGGGGAUUGGGGUGGGGUUGGGUGUGGGUGAGAGAAGUAGAGAUUUUGAAAGGGUGCCAGAGAAAGUUGUUGUGCACAAUCCGGCGCAAACGAUUCUUGAAAAUGGAGUCAAAAAUGUUCCUUCGGGCAUUGGUGCAGGUUUAGCAGGCCAAAAACCUAUUCGAAGUAUACAGCAAGAAGCGCAAGGUGAAGAUGGAGCGGUAAUUCAUGCGGCCAAGGAAAUCUCAAAAUUAGUGACAGACCGAGCACCAGUGUGGAAAGUGGAAUUUGAUGCAGAUGGGCAGGUGCUAGGCUCUACGGGCGAUGAUGGGAAAUUAAUGAUGUGGAGGAGAGAACCGACGGGUAUCUGGAGUAAGAGUGGGGAAUUGGCAAUGAAUAGAGCGUGA